GGUCACACUGACAGCACGGCAGCCGAACAAAAAUAAAAUUGGACAUUUUUUAAUCUGUGUUAAUCGCUGUGAAAAUCGUUGAUAAUAAUUGCAUCUUGUUUAAAAAUUUAUAAUUAACACUACAAUGGCGCCCAAGGCUAGAACAGUUGGUAUUAAACCGAAGUCGCAGACCUUCAAAGACAAGUCUAAGCCCAACGAUGUUCGUAUGUCGAACAUACAGGCGGCUAAAGCUGUCUCCUCUGCCAUCCGCACGAGCUUGGGUCCCCGCGGCAUGGACAAGAUGAUUCAGGCCGGCAACGGCGAGGUUUCCAUCACCAACGAUGGUGCCACCAUCUUGAAGCAGAUGAAUGUGCUCCACCCGGCCGCCAAGAUGUUGGUCGAGCUGUCCCGCGCCCAGGACGUUGAGGCCGGUGACGGCACCACCUCGGUGGUGGUCAUUGCCGGUGCCUUGCUGGAGGCCUGCGAGAAGCUGCUGCAGAAGGGCUUGCACCCGACGGCCAUUUCGGACUCGUUCCAGCGCUGCUCCAACAAGGCUGUGGAGAUUCUCACACAGAUGGCCACGCCCAUCGAGCUGACGGAUCGUGAGACCCUGAUCAAGAGCGCCUCCACAUCGCUCAACUCCAAGGUUGUCUCGCAGCAGAGCAGCCUUCUGGCCCCCAUCGCCGUGGACGCCGUGCUGAAGGUCACCGAGCCGGGCAAGGAGACCUCCGUGGAUCUUAAGAACAUUAAGGUGAUCUCCAGUCUGGGCGGCACCGUCGAGGACACUGAGCUGAUUGAUGGCUUGGUCUUCACCAGCCGCUCGGCCGGCACCAAUGCCCCCAAGCGCCUCGAGAAGGCCAAGAUUGGUCUCAUCCAAUUCUGUAUUUCGGCUCCCAAAACCGAUAUGGAUCACAACGUGAUUGUUUCGGAUUACGCCGCCAUGGAUCGUGUAUUGAAGGAGGAACGUUCCUACAUUCUCAACAUUGUCAAGCAGAUCAAGAAGGCCGGCUGCAAUGUUCUGCUGGUCCAAAAGUCUAUCCUCCGUGAUGCUGUUUCGGAUCUGGCGCAGCAUUUCCUGGACAAGAUCAAGUGUAUGGUGGUCAAGGAUGUGGAGCGUGAGGACAUUGAGUUCGUCUGCAAGACCCUGCACUGCCGUCCGAUUGCAUCGUUGGAUCACUUCACCGCCGAGAAUCUGGUCAGCGCCGAACUCGUGGAAGAGGUUGCCAGUGGCACCAACAAAUUCGUGAAGAUCACCGGCAUCCAGAACCAGGGACGCACUGUGUCGAUCAUUUGCCGUGGAUCCAACAAACUGGUGCUGGAGGAGGCAGCCCGUUCCCUGCACGACGCUCUCUGUGUGGUGCGCUGUCUGGUGAAGAAGCCGUUCCAGAUUGUGGGCGGUGGCGCUCCCGAGAUCGAGAUGUCGCUGCAAUUGGCAGCUGUCGCCCAGACUGUGGAGGGUGUGGAUGCCUAUUGCUUCCGCGCAUUUGCCGAUGCCCUGGAGGUCAUUCCCUCGACGCUGGCCGAGAAUGCCGGCCUCAAUCCCAUUGCCACUGUCACAGAGCUGCGCAAUCGUCAUGCCCAGGGCGAGAAGAAUGCCGGCAUCAAUGUGCGCAAGGGUGCCAUCACAGAUAUCUAUGCAGAGAAUGUGGUUCAGCCGCUGCUGGUCAGUGUUUCGGCCAUCACCUUGGCCACGGAGACGAUUCGCUCCAUCUUGAAGAUCGAUGAUAUUAUCAAUACCUUCAGCUAAAUACUGGGCCUCCGCCGCCUGCAACUUCAGUCUCUGAUCACGAUCAAGCAUUUUCCCCUUAACGCAUCCUCAUCAUUUAUUCUCCUCACCUCUUACACCCUUAUACAUCAUGCGGCUGCGCAUUUAAUUUGAAUAAAAUUCACACUACACUACGCCUUACCACUCUAAUAUGUAUUAAAAAGCGAACUAAAAGAAUUAAAUAUUGCGCUAACAC